CUACGUUCCCACAACGGCUGUUCAUUAGUGCCAAGUCGAGUGUCUUUCUCCAUCCCUCUUUCUCAUUUCCUCUCGACUUCUUUUCAGCGACCUGCCGCGUCCCCACGGCCAGGUCUUCUCGCACCGAGCAAUGCCUGAAAGGUCAACUUGUUCCUUUACUCUUUUUUUUUCGUGUUUUCGCUGCAUUACCUUUAUUCUAAUAGCAAUUCUUCGCCGCUCCGCUUGCUCUUACUCUUGACCGCAAGGGUGUGAUCUAUUCCCUACUACUCUUACACAAUAUGAACCGCAGCGAAGAGCAGUGCAGUGUCGAUGGGGACUGGAUAUUUCUGGGGCAGUAUCUCAACCAUCUGGAUGGUCUUGAUUUUAGCGACUUGUCGGGACAGGACCGGGACAGCCACAACGAAGACUCGCUGAACCAGCUCCAUGUCACUACAGAGUUUCAAUCCGCAGGAGUCGAUCUUUGAUCACAUGGGCGUCUACACGGACGGUACUAUUGACCCACACCCCCUCAUGGAGCAGCCGGAGCAGUCGGAGCAGCCUUCCAGACCCAUCACAACUGACAGCGCCCAACUCAGUCAAACGAACCAUCGCUCCUCCUUCUCACCCGUUCACUCUCAUCUUACAUAUGACGCGAAGACACCCGUUCGUACAAAACAAGUAAAGGGUACUAACAGAGCCAAGAGUCCCAAGGUUGCGGAUGCUGAUCGAAAGGGACGUGGCUCCUCCUCUCGCCGCCGCCGAUUAUCUCGAAAGACGCAGGAGCUGAACUCGAAUGAGCAUAUGAAUGUGCCUGAUAAGAACAAGCCCCAUAAGAGAUGGAGUCCUUAUAGGCAUGAGUAUAAGGCAUUGGGUGAGAAACAAAAGACGUACGAGAUCAAGGUUCGCACGUCUUGCGCUGACAAUGGCCUUGUUCUGAGAGUCGCCGUGAAUAUGUGAGCAAAAAAUCAAACGACAUUGUACAUAACUUUAUUACUGAAGAAAGUGUUGAUCAAGCAGCAACAGCAACAGCA